AUGAGUAAAAACACGACAGAGUCCUUCGAGCCUGGCUACACCACGAUCGGGGACGAAUAUGACAAGAGCAAAAUUCUAAAGGAGCAACGAUUAAAGGACGGCCGUACCGUCGGUAAACAAUUCGUAACUUCUCCCACAAAGAAAGGAAAAGUCGGAAAGGGAAUCACUUUCGGAGAUUUCAAGAGUCUCUAUGAUGGAGAUCCAUACGAAGAUCCUGGCACGAAUGAAAGAAAAUACAAGAAGGAAAACGAACAAAAGGCUCAAAAGAUACACAAGACUCCAUUCAAACCAAGCUCUCCACCAAAGAAGUCUGUUGGUCUCGGCACUUACUAUGGAACCAUCGGAGGCGUUUAUCCUCACGAACAAGAAUAUGACACCCUCCAAAAAGGAGAAAAGCCACAACCUGUUAAGGAACAAAAGAGACCCAUCUACACCAGUCCUCCUAAGAGAGGAACCUAUGGCUAUUUGGGAUUAACUAUUUCAAGAGGUACUGAAUACAAGUAUGAAAGUGACCCUUAUGAUCAUUCGCUUGAAAAGAAAAAAGAGAAGGAAGAGGAAAAACAAAAGCAAGUAAGCAAGAAGGCUUUCAUUUCUUCUUCACAUCAUUUGGAUUACUUUGAUACUCACAAGAAUGUGGCUGCUCCAAAGAUUCUUGGUACAGAUGAAAAAGUAGAAGAGAUUUUGAAAAAGUCAAUGGAAAGGGAAUCUGCUUCUCCAAAGAAAGAAUCAGAGGAGAGUAAGAAGAAGCCAUUCUAUCCAUCUCCUGUAAAACAAAGAAAUGAUUUCCCACCUUAUAUGGAGGAUCCAUACGAUAAGAGAACGCUUACUAAGAAAGAUGAAAAGGAGCAGAAGAAGCCAGUUUUUAAGCCCAUGAGCUGUGGCAACAAGAGUUAUCCAACCAGGUCAAUUUUGUUCGGAUCUUCUGUGAAUAUGUCAAAUACAUUUUAA